CUGAUUUGGAACUCGCUGUCGGGAGAAGCAAUUUUGAUGCAUGGAAUGUACCAAGCAAUGACUAUGAUAAUAGAUCAAUGGUAAUGGAUCUUGGUUUUACGGCUAUGAAUGAGCUGUUGAAGCUGGCUGAGAUUGGUGAGCCUUUAUGGCAUCGAAGCGUAGAUGGGAAUGGAGAGGCAUUAAAUAUUGAGGAGUAUGAUAGGACAUUUCGUUGCUGUAUUGGAAUGAGACCUCCUAACUUCAUCACUGAGGCAAGUAGAACUACUGGCACUGUAUUGCUCAAUAGUAUGGCCAUUGUGGAAACCUUAAUGGAUGCUAAUCGAUGGGCAGAAAUGUUCACUGGCAUUGUUGGAAGAGCCUCAGUCAUUGAUGUGAUAUCCAGCAACCCUAGUGGAAGCAGAGAUGGUUCCUUGCAGUUGAUGCAUGCUGAACUUCAAAUUCUGUCUCCAUUGGCACCCCUUCAUAAUGUAAAAUUUCUCCGGUUCUGCAAACAUCAUGCCGAAGGUGUGUGGGCCAUUGUUGAUGUUUCUGUGGAUGGUUCACAACCACAUGAAUUUCAAAGCUGCAGAAUGCUUCCUUCA